AUGGACUUAGAUUUCAUCUAUUUUCUUAUCCUAAUCGGGAGUAUUUCAUUCCAAGUUGUGAAAAGUGUGAAACGCUACAUAUUUUACAAGAACGUUCAAAUAACAGAAACGUAUAAUGUCAUUGAAAGAUCUGAACUUCCAAAAUUACUCGAGUGCAAACAACAAGAAUGUUACGUUGAAAUCUUUUGUCAAUCAUAUUAUUUAGUAGUGUAUUCAGUAGUUUUGUUGAGUGGGUUGAUUCAUUGGACAUUCACUAAAACGUCGUUCAAGUCAAUUCUCUUAAGCGACUUAACAUUUGUUGCGCUGUGGAGUAUCUUUUUGUACAUCAUAGACAUUCCCCCAAUUGCUUUCCGCCUCAUUUCGAAAUUUAUCCAAAACGAGGAUCAAAAGGGAAUUGUCGAAGUUGGUAAGCACAUGUUAAAAAUGAAUUUGUUUAUUGUUAUCAAUGUGGCUAUCGCGUUCCUUUUCCACUUUUUUGCAACCCAUUAUCUGUUUCUCGUUGGUGGUACUUUAGUUUUUGGCAUGUACUAUUUCAUCGUCGAAGUCAUUAUGGUUCACGUCGUUCUACCACAACAGUCCAAAAAUUCCCUCCCCGAAGGCGCACUCAGAACGGAAAUUGUCAAGAAGUGUCAAGAGCUCAAUAUUCAAAUUUUGGAUGUGAAACUCUCGGAUUACCUCUCGCUGAUAUUCACAGGUGUUGAUGAAAGUAAAAAUGUUGUUAUUGGAAUGGACAUUGUUAAAAACUGCAGCAACGAGGAAAUAAUCGACUUCCUUACUUUUUCUUCGAAAAAUAACUUUGACCGCUCGAUGAAAUGGUGUGCGAUCGACACUGUCAUUUCUUUGAUCUUUUUUGGGACUAUCGAAUUUGUUUAUUUCAAUAGUUUAAGUCACUACAUCAAUGUGGACGACGGUGACAACGGAAAAAAUCGAGUCUGCCAAGGUGUUAUCAUUUUGUUCAUGGCAAUACCUUACUUGAAUAAAGUAUUUACAACCCUUCAGAACCUCCUCGAAAGACAAAACGUCUUGCACGACAUUAAAACUCUCCAAGCAACAGGAGCGCCCAAAUUUGUUUCUUGCAUCUUACAUAUCAUUGACGCAAAGUUCUUUGGGGUCGACGAAUUGCCUAAAGUACACAAAAUAGAAAAGAGAGAAAAGGCGAUUGAAAAGAAGAGAGAGAUGAAGUUGAGAAACCCAAUGUACAGAGAGGGCGAUGAUGACAGCGACGACCACGACGAUGAGUGUGAAUGUGAUGAGUGUGCUUUCAAAAGAAGACUUGCUGUCGACAGAGCAAGUCUACCCAAUAAAGAAAUUGCGACACUUGAAGACGUGGUCAAAGAGGAUUGGACUUCGUGUGAGGACGCAAACGUCCCAACAUUCUUUGAAAUACUGAAAUAUUUUCAAAGUGUGGAGUUGUCUCAAAAGAAGAAUAAUUAG